CUUCUUCUUUUUCUUCUAGUAUAAAUAAUGGAUAUGCUCUAUAUUAAUGCUUCUCUCAAAGCUAACUCACCAACAAUAAGAAUUGAAGAUCUGAAAAUAUUAGUUCAAGUAAGAAGUAGUUAUGGAAAUGGAAAGUAACAUAAGCAGCAUAGUUACAAGUAAAUAUUACACGGAAGAAGAAGAGGAUGAGGACGUGGCACUUCCAGGGUUUAGAUUUCAUCCAACAGAUGAAGAGCUAGUAUGGUUUUAUCUAAGGAGGAAAGUAGAGAAAAGGCCAAUCAAUAUUGAACUUAUCAAACAGAUCGACAUCUACAAAUAUGAACCUUGGGAUCUUCCCAAGUCAAGCAAUGUGGGAGAGAAGGAGUCGUACUUCUUUUGCAAAAGAGGAAGAAAAUACAGGAACAGUAUAAGACCAAACAGGGUGACAGGUUCUGGAUUCUGGAAGGCUACUGGUAUUGAUAGACCUAUUUAUAAUUCUACUGCUCGUCAUCAAUGCAUUGGCCUCAAGAAGUCUCUAGUUUAUUACCGAGGGAGCGCUGGAAAAGGCACAAAAACUGAUUGGAUGAUGCACGAGUUUCGCCUCCCUGCUGAAAAUGACAAAUCCACUAAGCACAUUGAAGCUAAAAGCAUCGCUCAAGAAGCUGAAGUUUGGACACUCUGCAGAAUCUUUAAGCGAAACAGUUCAUAUAAGAAGUGUCUACCAGAAUGGAGAGUAGCAACAGCAGCCAAGCGAAACCCAGCAGAUACAAGUUCACAAACAUGCAGCGCGGAUUCUUCAGAUUAUAUAAUGAGCUUUGAUAAUAAUAAUAAUAAUAUUACUCAUGAGACCAAACCGUUUAGCAGUCUUGUUCAUCAUGACAUAUCAAAGAAUAAUAAUAACCAAAUGCUUAUGGGGCAACUGAGCUCAUCAUCAGUGUGUCAAGCACCUUCAUCUGCAGUAUCAUCCUACUCGAGCUUUGGUCAGACAUUAGUUCCGGACAUGAACGACUUGUUAAAGCAUGGAGAUUGGGAUGAACUUAGAUCUUUUUUAGAGCUUGCUAUUGAUCCUUUGUUCUAAUUUUGUGAUGUAACACACAUAUCUUACGGCAUUUCGUACAUAUAUGCAGCUUAACUUCUACCAAAUAUGGAUACCUUUUAUUAUCGGGUUAUUUUCACA